AGUUGGAUGCAAAACCUCACCGAAAUAUUGAAAAAACUGUAAUUGAUAUUACAGUUUUUUCACAAUUUUCGGUGCAGGUUUUCAUUCAAAUUGUGAGUUGUUUGGAAUUAUGAAAUAAUAAGGCGCAGAAUCAACAUCAUUAGUUCCAUUCCCUGCCCAUAAGGUCGCCACAAUCACGCUUAUUUAUUUUAUCGCUGAGUCGUCACUCUUUCUCUCCCACAGAUAACAGAGUUCUCUCCUUUCUCUAUGCUCCCAUCCAAUCAUUUUUUUUUUUCGCCUCUGACUUGCUACCAUAGAACAUGUUUACUUACUCUAUGCUUGCUACGUCGAAGUAAACAAAUACAAUUAUUUUAUUAUGAUUGUUCAUUAACUGUAUAAAUGAACUGCCUUCACAAUGCAUCACAAUCAUUCUCCAAAUAAUAACCACUAUUGACAAAAAUUCAUAAAACAAAGAAUGAUAAAUGUCUUCCUUGCUUAGCGAAAUUCAUUUUUGGACUUCUCAGGAGGAUGUCAUAACAAAUUCCUAUUAUGGCUCUUUCAAGUAUUACUCUAAAAAAGAAUUCACUGAUGUACCUAGUAAGAAGAUUUAUUGUAACCAACGAGGAAAUUUAUGGACUCCAGUCAAUAAGAGACAAAAUAAGUUGAAAGAUAGAUUGAAAGAAUUAGAAGAUAGUUUGAUACAAAAUAAAAUUAUAUGUUAUGUAUGGAAGGAAAAUAUAUUGCAAUUGUUAUUGUCUACUGGUCUUCUGAUAUUUAUAACAAUAAAUGAAAAUACAGGUGAUAUAGUUAACAUCACUUUUGACAAACAAUUAUCUGCCAAGCUGCAAGUGAACAUUAUUUGUGAUGGUUUCAUUUUGGGACAACAAGUUAUUUGUAUAUGCAAUGAUGGACAUGUAUUAGGGUAUGGAGGUUCUUGGAAAGAUGGAUGGCUUAUAGAAGGUGGACCUAGACGUAGAGUUCAUACUCAUUCUAACUGGUUAGUGGUUUGGGGUAGACCCGGAUCUGAACAUCCACAACCUUGGAGUCCUUUAACUAAGGAUCAUCAAAGAGCUAACCUUCAUCUUUAUUGGUUAGGGUUAAGAAGCCCUGAGCUGUUAGCUUAUAAGAACACUGAUGGAGAACCUUUCAUAAUAAAAGUUAGUGAAUUUUUUGAACAUACUCUAAUAUCAGUAGAGCAAAAAGUUACAAAGAGAGGCACAGUAUCAGUAGAAAUAACCACUUCAGAACUGUCUAAUAAUACAUUGAAGACGGUAGCUAUAACUGCUGUGCCUCUUCAAACACAUGUUAGUUGUUGUGAACUGAGUCCCAAUGAAGAAUAUCUUUUGAUAUGCUGCAUAGAUAGUACAAUAGCAAUCUUAGAUAGAAAUAGUGGUUCAACAAAAACUGUGAAAGUUUCUUUCAUUCCCAAAAUCUGUACUUGGCAGAAACAUGGUGCUCUUGUAGCUAUUUGCAAUGAGAGUGGACAACUCCAAUAUUAUGACAUAGCUUUAAAUAAUGUCAAGAGUCAAAUACUGAAUGAAGAUGAAACUCAUUCUCCAUUAUUAGAUUUGACAGGCUACUUUCAUUCUCAAAUUUCUGUUGUUUCCCUUAAUUGGGAGAAUCACAACCUCUUGAUAGCUUUAGAACAAGGACCAAUAGUUUGUGUUACUCAUGCUAUCAAAUCAUUAACUUUUGUUUCGUUGGCGAUGAGAUAUAUAAAUAUAUGUGAAAUCAAAAAGGCGAUAGCAUUACUGCUGAAUUGGAAAUUUGGAGAAGAAUCUUUUUUUGUACUUCAGAAGAUUGCAUCAUAUCUGUUGAAAAAAAAACUUUCGGAAGAGAUAGCACAGCAAUUGCAAGAUGCUUUAGGUAGUUUCCAUGCUGCAACUAUCCCCUUAGAUGAAGACGUGAGGAAUCAAUUCAAAAAACAGGUGUUUUCGUUAACUAGAAGAUUUUUUCAUCAAUUAAUCAGAGCUGGAAUGUAUGAAACGGCAUUUCUUCUAGCUGUUGAUAUGAUGCAACACGAUUUAUUCAUGGAUCUUCAUUAUGUUGCUUCCAAAAUUGGGGAAACUGAGAUGGCAGCAGCUGCUAGAGCUCAAGCAUCUGCCUUGAUUAGUAGAUGCUCUAGUGAAGCUUCAAAUUGUUCACGUUCAUCAUGUUCUGAAUGUUCAUCUCCUUGCAAUAAUACAAAAGAAAUGUCUCAUAAUAAUGAACAUUUAGAUACCACCACAAGUAAAGUUUCAGAUGUACUCAGUGAUAAUCUGUUAAGUACAAAUUUCAAUCAACCAGAAUCAAAGAAUUUUACUUCAUCAAAUGGUACUUAUGAUACUUCUAAAAUGGUAUCUUCAAUAGGAAAUUAUGUGAAACCUCCUAAAGUGCCAACAAAUUUCAAUAAACCAGCAUUAUCUUAUGUUCCACCAUUACCUUCAGCCAGUUCAGUUUCAAAGAAAAUGACUGGUACGAUACGAAUGCCACAGGUUGCAACUCAAAAUAAUGUGCAAAAGAAUACUCAGUUUACUUGGAAUGAUAAUCCAUAUUCGUGCAAUUAUACGUUUUUUACAAACGUUUCUUCUACUUCCAACAAUUUUGGAACAUCAUAUCUAGAUUUCAGGGAAAACAAAUCAACUAUGAAGGAUAUCACACAACUUUCUAAUGAAUCUGCUCCGGAGAAAUUGAGACCUGGAGAAACUAUUCCGCUGCCACCAUUCAAAGUAAAUUUUUCAGAUUCUAUAAUCAAUACUCAGGAUUUAUCACAGUUUUCGAAUACCAUCAGGAGAAAUACUCAGAAAAUAAAUAUAGAUGGAAAUAGGCCCUUUGUCAGGCAAAAUAUGAAUUAUCAACCAAUAGGACCCCAUGUACUAAACAAGAGUACUUUGUUAGAGCCAAAAAGCUCGUUCCUACCUACAAAACCAAUCAUAACACCACCACCACUACCCAUAACAAAUAUUUCACAUACUUUUCCACAUUCUAAUACAUUGUACACAGAACCAAUCAUGUCAAAAGGGUAUCCAAUAUCAAUGUCAUAUUCUUCUGCCACCACAUCGUCCAUAACUCCUAAAAAGCCUCAAUCAAAAGUGAAAUUUUCAAACACUGUAACCGCUUUCAUAGUGCCUGAAGUUAAAAGACCAGUGAGACCAUCACCUCUACCACAUAUGACAGAUCCACAAAAAGAAUUAGCAGAUAGCUUGCCCUUAUGUCAUCCAAACGAAGAUUAUCUGAAAGAUUUUGCACCUGUUAAACCCAACGAAGAUGAUGAGAACAGGGAUCCCCCAAAAAUAAAGGUUGUUCACUUUGGAGUUGUUUGACAACAGGACUUUGAAAGUAUUAUCUAAAGUAUAUUUAUUUAUUUGUUAUAUAACUAACCUCUCCUAUUCGUAAUGUUAUUAUUCAGUAACAUAGUAGGUGAUGUACGAACCAUACCCCAAUCACUAAUAGAUGUAGUUACCUACAUCAUAAUGUUUUUCACAAAAGAAAACGAUUUAAUCAAUAAUGGAGACAUAUAAAUAUAUGUUCAAGUGAUUUUAAUGAAAUAUUGGUUGAAGUUUCUUUUUGGCUGUCUGUUUAAAUUUUACUUUUUUGUUGUUUUUUAAAAAAAUGGGUAUGUGAGAUGAAAAUAUCCAUUCUUUAUGUAUUCAAUAAUCAUUUUUGAAUAACCUAAAAAAACUUGAAUAUGUUCACAUAGCCUACUGUAGAUAUUAAACUUAAAAAUUUUCAGAACAUCUAGCUAAGCAUUGCUGUUUAUAAAAUUGGAAUCACCCACAUUAUGAUCUCCUGUGGAAAAUUAUUAGGGUAAAUGCACUGGUUCUCGACCAGUUAACAGAAACAUCGAUUUCGAGCACGAUUUUUUCACAUAUAAACUCAUCAAAUUUUAAUGGUGUUGGU